GGAUGAGUGGUCUACAUUAGCCUAGGAGAGAGCAACUUUUGCACUUUGCCUUUGGCUAGACAGAAAAAGCUGUAUACAAUCUGAAGUUGUACAUACUGUAGAUAAAACAAAAAACAGGACUCAAAAUGACUAAAGGAGAUACGGAAUAUCAACUUUUGCUUGAAGGCAGUAAAGAAACAAAAGAGAAAAUUAAGCGUCCGAACAAAUCCCUUCUACUGGCAGUUUGUGCAGCUUGCAUUGGAGGAACCUUUCAAUAUGGUUAUAAUAUUUCAAUCAUCAAUGCCCCCACCAAGUCUGUGCAGAAUUUCAUCAACCAAACCUGGCUGGAGCGCUAUGAUGAGGACAUCUCAGAGCAUUACCUCACUCUCCUGUGGUCCAACAUUGUGUCCAUUUUCACAAUAGGAGGAUUUAUUGGAGCAACUAUAGGUGGAACACUGGCCAUUAGAUAUGGGAGGAAGGGGACACUAAUGAUGAACAACGCAUUUGCCUUACUGGCUGCUCUGUUGAUGGGCCUGAGCUACCCCACUGGAUUAUUUGAACUGCUCAUCGUUGGACGAUUUUUCACAGGAGUAAAUGCGGGUAUCGGCAUAUGCGUUCAGCCACUGUAUCUGGGGGAAAUCGCCCCAAGGGCACUUCGUGGUGCCAUGGCAAUGGGGACUUCUAUUUUCAUCACCGGGGGCAUCCUUACUGGACAGGUGAUUGGGCUUAAUGAGCUCCUCGGUAAAGAAGAACACUGGCCCAUCUUGCUCUGCACCACCUGUAUCCCAGCGUUCCUGCAGCUCCUCAUACUGCCCUGGUUCCCAGAGAGCCCUCGCUACCUGUUGAUCGACAGAGGGGAUGACGUUGGAUGUCGAAAAGCGAUGAAGCAACUCCACGGCACUGAUAACUUUGAUCGCGAGCGGGAGGACAUGGAGAGGGAGAGGGUCAGCGCCAUUGGCAUUAAACCCAAGAAGCCCUGGCAGCUGUUCAUGGACCGCAGCCUCCGCUGGCAAGUCCUCACCAUCAUCCUGCUCAACGCUGCCCAGCAGCUCAACGGCAUCAACGCUAUAUAUUUCUAUACAGAUUAUGUGUUUGAGCAGGCCGGAAUUCCAGAUGUCAACAUACCCUACGUAACUGUGGGCACAGGAGCCUGUGAAUGCCUCACUGCCCUUACCUGUGGCAUGCUGAUCGAAACUUUGGGACGAAAAGUGCUUAUCAUCGGAGGGUACACCCUAAUGGCUUUCUGGUGCAUUUGCUUCACUCUGACCCUCACCUUCCAAGGAGCAGGCCUAUGGAUGCCUUAUCUUAGCAUGGGAUGCAUCUUUGCUUUCAUACUCAGCUUUGGCUUGGGACCAGGUGGGGUGACAAACAUCUUGACCACUGAGUUAUUCACCCAAACCAGUCGGCCUGCUGCGUACAUGAUUGGAGGGUCUGUGAACUGGCUCAGCUUCUUCGUCAUUGGCAUGGUGUUUCCAUUUAUUGUGACUAAGUUGCAGCAGUACUGUUUCCUGGUGUUCUUGGUGAUUUCUGUCUUGGUGGCUGUAUACAUAUUCCUGGUAGUCCCUGAGACCAAAAACAAAACCUUCCUGGAGAUCCAUACCGAGUUCCAGUCCGGAGACAAGAGGAAGGCUUCAAAAGCAGAUGACGGCCCAAGGACAACAUUGUUGUCAACCCCUCUGUGAAACACAGCUCCAGUGUUUGCUGAAAGGACUUGUCAAACCUGUACCACAUUACUUAUUAUUCAAUAACUGUCAGUGCUAUGAAUAUCUCAUUGUCAUAUUGAUACAAAGUUCCAGAAUGUGUGUUCUUUGUCAGGGAUUGUGAAGUGUAGACAUUAUAGUAAUUGGGACACAGGAAACAACUAAAUGAACUAGGUACUGUUAAAGGGAUAUUCUGGGAUAUUCUGGGAUGUUGGGAUAUUCUGGGAUUGAGGCCGUUUAUCUACUUCCCCAGAGUCAGAUGAACUCGGCGAUACCAUUUUUAUGUGUCUGUGUGCAGUUUAACGGAAAUUGCUAACUAGUGCUAGCGUAAUUGCUAAAUAACGUUAGCGCAAUGACUUAAAGUCUAUGGGUAUCUGCUAGCAGAUACCAUAGACUUCCAGACAUUAUGCUAAUCCAGACAUUCUUCUAAUCUGACUCUGGGGAAGUAGAUAAAGGGUCUCAAAGCCAAAAUCCUUAAGUAUCCCUUUAAUGUUGCUGAUAAGUCCAGGUCAAUGAUUUAUAUAUGCAUGAGAUUUACAUUUGACAUUUUAUUCAUUUAGCGUACGCUCUUGUUCAGAGCGACUUACAGUUAGUGUAUUUACCUCAAUAAAGUAGCUAUCAGCAAAGUCAGAGCUAGUAAAGGGGAAAAAGUCAAGUGUGAGUAUUUGUUCA